AUGGCCGACUGUGUCACUCACACCAUUGAGCCUACUUUGUCACCUCACACCAUUGAGCCGACUGUGUCACCCCACACCAUUGAGCCGACUCUGUCACCUCACACCAUUGAGCUGACUGUGUCACCCAACACCAUUGAGCCGACUCUGUCACCUCACACCAUUGAGCCUACUUUGUCACCCCACAACAUUGAGCCAACUGUGUCACUCUACACCAUUGAGCCUACUUUGUCACCCCACAACAUUGAGCCAACUGUGUCACUCUACACCAUUGAGCCUACUUUGUCACCCCACAACAUUGAGCCGACUGUGUUGCUCUACACCAUUGAGCCUACUUUGUCACCCCAAAACAUUGAGCUGACUGUGUCACCUCACACCAUUGAGCCAACUGUGUCACUCUACAUCAUUGAGCCUACUUUGUCACCCCACAACAUUGAGCCAACUGUGUCACCCCACAACAUUGAGCCUACUUUGUCACCCCACAACAUUGAGCCGACUGUGUCACUCUACACCAUUGAGCCACUUUCCACUUUGUCACCCCACAACAUUGAGCCGACUGUGUCACCUCACAUCAUUGAGCCUACUUUGUCACCCCACAACAAUGAGCCGACUGUUUCACUCUACACCAUUGAGCCUACUUUAUCACCCCACAACAUUGAGCUGACUGUGUCACUCUACACCAUUGAGCCUACUUUGUCAUCCCACAACAUUGAGCAGACUGUGUCACUCUACACCAUUGAGACUACUUUGUCACCCCACAUCAUUGAGCCGACUGUGUCACCUCACAUCAUUGACCCUACUUUGUCACCUCACAGCAUUGAGCCGACUGUGUCACCUCACAUCAUUGACCCUACUUUGUCACCUCACAGCAUUGAGCCGACUGUGUCACCUCACAUCAUUGAGCCUACUUUGUCAUCCCACAACAUUGAGCCGACUGUGUCACUCUACACCAUUGAGCCCACCUUUGUCACCCCACAACAUUGA